CAAACACACUUCGUGUGUUGUGUAUGUUUAUUUAAAAAAAAUGUACAUACGUGGUUUAAAAGCACAAUUUUUACACAUUUAAGAGAUGGCUUACAAUCGGUUUUGCUUGGGCAUGCGCAUUGCAAGCCUAUUUGGUUUGGUCCCGCCUUUUUCUCCAUAUAUGGUCAUUUGAGCUUGUGGACGGCCGUGGACCAUCCACCUACAGUUAGACAUACUGGAGCAGUGUGAACAGCAUAACGAUGAAAAAAUAAAACUGUUCUGUGAGGACCAUAGUCAACUCUGUUGUCACAUUUGCGUGGCACUCAAUCACAGAUCAUGCAGUAAAAUCAGCCUUAUUGAAGAGAUCAACAAUUAUUCAACGGCAGACGCCCAUGAGCUCUCAUCAAAAAUUCAGAAAAUACAAGAAGAGUUAGAAAAAGUGAAAGACAAAGCAAAAUGCACUCUUCAGUCGCUUGAGAUGAAGUGCCAGCAAAUAAAGAAAGAGAUAGACUCAGUGCGUAAGAAAAUCAACAAAGAAUUAGAUCGGCUAGAGAGAGCAACAAUGCAACAAGUGGAUAAAUUGAUUUCAAGCUGUACGAUAAAUAUUACUAAAGAAAGAGAUAAGUGUGACAGCAUUCAAGAAAAUAUGCAAUGUCUCAGUAAAGUGGUCAAUGAAGUUUGCAACAAGAGCAGUAAACUUCUUUUUAUAGCUUUAGAAAAAUAUCAACAGCAGAUAAAGGACUCUGAAUUAUUUCUAAAAGAGUCGAAAGUGACUCAUGAAUACGAUAUACAAUUCGCACUCAGUAACGACAUUGAGAAGUAUUUAUUCCAAAUGACAGGUCUGGGGAAAGUUGUAUAUCCAAAUAAGGUUAUUUCGCUUCAGAAAAAGUCAGAGUAUAGCGUUACAAUGUCGACUGAAUCGUCUGAAUGCUGUACUUAUGCAAUAUGUGAGCUGCCUACCGGUGAGACGCUUGUACUAGAUUAUAGAAAUAAAAAGGUGAAACUGUUAGACACGAAAUACCAGUUUUUGAGCACUUGUGAAGUGUCUUACUAUUCAUAUGACAUGUGUCUGAUAUCUCCGAGUGAGGUGGUUGUUACAACAAAUGGGAAAAGCGGUGAUGGCGGUCUACAGAUAAUAUCUGUCAGCAAUGAGAGGUUGGAGAAGGGAAGUAAGCUUCAGCUGCCACAUAAGUGUGUUGGUAUUUCCCACCAUGAAGAUGCUCUGUAUGUAACUUCCGGUUGUGCUUUGUAUCAAUACACUCUGACUGGAACAGUAGUAAAGAAACUGUACGAGGACACAACGGGAGAUAAUACAGUGUACUCGUGUGCUGUGAACCUAAACGGUGACAAAAUCUAUGUCACCAACAUGGCCGAUCACAACCUCCUCACGCUGGAUAAGGAUGGAAACGUCAUCUCCACCUUUACUGACAUUGUCUUAAAAGGCCCACGGGGUGUACAUGUGACAACUCUUGGACAAGUGCUCGUUUGUGGCGAAACAGGAAACGCAAUUAUACAGGUUGACAUAGAUGGGAAGAAGAAGCUAGCCACACUGGCUAACAACAAGGAUGUAAUCAAUAACCCGCGUUCAGUGUUCUAUAGCAGCAGCACUGAUUCAGUGAUCGUAGGUUUAGCAAGCAAUUAUAACAUAAUGGUUUUUAAAGUAACCGAGGCAGAAACAAAAUAAACCAUGAUCUAGAACGAUAAAAACAAUCAUCUGAGGAUUUAUUCGAUAUUUGAGUAACCAAGUUAAUUUUCAGUUCAGCAAAACAUAUAGUGCAUUUAUAAUGUAUAUUUUGUGGUGUAAAUAUCCUUUAAAAUUACAAAUCAACGACUUGUGUAAACAUAUGAAUUGCAAAACAAUAUGCAAGUGGGUUUACCUAAAUUUUAUGAUUGAAUUAAAAAUAUACAUUUGUAUAUUAAAUUUCA